AUAGCUCAAAGCUCAAUAAUCUCUAAAUCCUGGUCAGCCACCACGACGCUCCAACAACCUGUUGUUCUCAACUCCCAAACAUGUCAAGAAUAUCGCCAACAAAGCCAUGCCCCAAGAAGCUUCAGGUUUCAGAAUGCGAAAAACAAAAUUCCAUUAGCGAAUCUACAAAGAAAACCAAAUUUUUCAACACGUUUGACUACGUAAUCCUAACCAUAAUUUCCGUAGUGGUUUUUAUUUACAUAGUAAAAUACUUCGAUAGCAUAUCAUGGCAAUUAUCAUCUAUUGGACGGAUCUUCUUGAUAAAACUACUGCCAUACUAUGACUGGAAACAUCUGAAGAAUAAGGAGUGCUUGAUUGAUUCACCAUGGAGAAAAAACCAUACUGAAAGUAUACUUUUCAACUGCGACGUAUGCGAAAACAUCGACACCAUUGAUGUCUAUAGAACUUUAGAUGAAGACAUCCUGGAAGAGCGAUAUAUCAACCUGGAUAUUCCGGUGAUCCUAACUUCAGGUUUGGAAACUUGGCCGAAGAAUUCAGGAUUCAUAGAUGCACUGAAAUCAGAAGAAGACUUUUUUUCAUCAUACCCAUGCAAAUUAUCUACGAAUAUUUUUAAACGUGUUGGUUCAGCCGGAGAAAUUUUGGACCGAACGCAUUAUUUCGACAAGUUUUUUCUUACUUUCCAAAACUGCGAUUUGGAAGCUAUGAGAGUCCUCAGAAGACAUUGUUACAGACCAGAUAAUAUUCCACCUUCAUUUUCACCAACCAUGUACAAUUGGUUACUUUGGAACAAGCAUUAUAACAUGACAGCUCAUAAAUCUAUCGAUUUGGUCGAGAACUUUGCCGUUUUUGGUCAGUUGUUUGGGUCAACUCAUAUCCGUUUGAUUCCUAGAAAAAACUGCCAGAGUAUUUGCCCUUUCUUGAGUAUCGAGCUGAAUGGCAGAGAAAUGCUGCUGGUUACUGAUCUUUGGGAUCUGGAAUAUCGUGCACUAGGAACUGGUGAGAAUAUGGCUGUCAUCAUGGAACUAAGAGGUUGAAUAAAUACCUAUACAUCGGAUGCAGUGGCGUGACCAAGAUUCAUCUAGGUCCAAUAUCAAAUAUUUAGGAAAGAGAAAAGCAAUAGGUAACUGACGUUGGUUUAAUCUGUGCAUCAUUUGGUAACAAUAACAAAAUAAAGAAAAAACAUAUUCAAAACUAAAUCAAAUAAUAUAUCACAAAUCAACAGGUGCAAACAUUGAAAUAUAGGAACAAAAAAAAAACGAAAUAACAAAAUUGAAAAUUCGACUAAUUAAGUUACUGAAAAAUGAAAUUACCUUGCAACUUCUAGCAAACAAUUAGGCAAUAUUUCAUGUACCUAUCGCCCGCCUCUCUGUCUAUGCUGAUUUUUCUUUCGCGUUGGCGCCGUAACUACGUAUCUGCCACCUAGAGAAUUACCUAAUAGCUACCAUCUCACAUUCUCACCGCAGGAGAGGCAGGAAGUAUAUUGAUAUUUACGUACCUCCGAUAGUCGCCAAAACUAAUCCUAAAAUGGUCCACGCUCGAGAGCAGGUAUACUGGUUUCGGAUAGUUCUAGGACCGUUCCAGGUUCCAGGAUGGUUUUGAAAAAACUCGAACGCGUAAAGGGUCAGUCUUAAAAGUUCCACAAAACCCGAACGCUACCGAUUUUACUGCGCAAACUCCUGACAGUUCUAGAACAGUAAUUGUUCGAACCCGAAUGAAUCCUUAUGACACGACACUGAUAUCUAUAGUUUACCGAAUUAGUGCGAUAAACUAUAUAGGUACCUCUUUACCGCCGUAAUGUUGUGAUAAUGUUUCACAUAACCUACUUUCUAUGAUAGUAGGUAAAAUUAUACAUGGUGUUUCUUAAACAUGCAUGCGCCGAAAAAUCAAGGGGUUGUUCCUUAUUGGAAUAUUCCUAAAAUAGUAUUUUUCAAGGAUAGUUUCUCCUUUGAUGAUUUUUGAAAACUCUAUAUAUGUUUGUCAAUUUUUGACGUUUUUAAAAUUGUUAAUAGUCUAAUAGUGCAUUAUUGUGUUUUCCAAGUACCUAAAUGUUUUCAAAAAAAAUGUAUAUAUCUUUUUAACAACAUAUAUGUAAUUCCAAUUACUAAAACAGGCUAUUUUAUUUCCAUGAAACAGCUAGGCAUUUUCAGACAUCGAAAAGAAAUGAUCAAACGUGGAGGUACUUUAUUAUUAUUAUCAUUUUCGACAGCUCUUUUAGAUUAAGUAACAUUUACAUGUAUAUUUUCGUAAUUAAAUGUUGGUUUUGUAUAAAAUGUUGUUCGCCCUGUAUCUCCUGAACGGAUUUCCGAAAAUCAUGAAAAGACAACAUAUUCUUAAAAUAGUUUGAGGAAGAACCGUUUGCCGCUGGUGCAUAUAGAUAUUAUAAAUUAUAUUGUUAGCUCAAUGGUGUUAUAAUUAUGAGAUUUUGAAAGACUGUGAUGAUGUUGAUUAAAUAAGUAUGACUAG